GUACCUCUACUUAGGUACCUUCUGUUAGUAGGUCUCUUAUAGAAACAACAACAACAGCAACGCUUGGUUGGGCUUCUCCUGGACGCCUACGCAUGUAAUUGGGCUUAGCUAUUUCUUCCUAACUCGAUCUAUCAAAAAAGAAUACCGGACCGGAUCUUAUUAUUUAUCGAUUAUUAAAUACUCUCGUCCAGAGCAUACCUAAGAAUAAUACGUGCUUUUCCGCCAACACCGUUUUUCCCUUCCUUUCCCUCCCUCCGCUCCCGGGGCUCCAUUUACAAUAUAGACCGCAUAGAGGAAUAAACAACCCCGGUCAGAGCAGUCCAAACAUGGCGGACGAUCACGAACACGAGGGCGCCUCCGUUAAGGAGCAGCUGAUCGAGGCCUGCCGGAGGAACAACGUCGACCUCCUUCACGAGAUCAUCGCGAACUGCAAGUCGGACGAGGAGAUCUCCAACCUCCUCAACAACACCACGACCGUCAUGGGCAACCACCUCUACCACGAGGCCGCCCUGCAGGGGAACUACGAAAUCAUCGACACCCUCCUCGACCAGCCGGACUUCGAAUGCGACCCCGUCAACCGCGUCGAAGGGGACACGCCGCUGCACAGCGCCAUCCGCUGGAUCAACAGCGAGCCCCCGGCCCAGCGGGACUUCGGCAACGCCCUCGUGCGCAUGAUGCUCGAGGCCGGCUCCUCCACCCGCGUCCGCAACAAGGCCAAGCUCACCCCCUACCAGCUCGUCGACCCUUCCAACCCCGGCCUCCGCGACCUCAUCCAGAAGCACGAGUACGCCGAGCUCAACGCCGGCGACUUCGUCGAUUCCGCCCCUCCCGCUCCCUCCUCCAAAAACAAGAGUAAUAAUAAUAAUAAUAAUAAUAAUAACAAGAAAGCCCCCGCCGCUAGUUCCUUUGUUGAUGUCAGACGGGACGAUAGUGAUGAUGACGACGACGAUGCCGAGUUCUCUGGUAGUGAUGACGAGGAGCGUGCUGAAUGGGAACGUAGGCGCAAGGCUAAAGGCCGGUAGAAAAGGAGAAAAGAAUGGAGAAUGGAGGAGAGACAAAGGUACCAAAAAUAUUGAGAGUAGGGAGUAGGGAGGAGAGAAGAGGAAAGAGACAUAGCGCCAUGUAUAGACACAUCUCGACACCUUGGCUUGCUCCAGUCCGUCGAGUACACCACGGGUAUUGCUCAUAUAACAAUGCCCAUAUAAUGCAAGGUAUGCAAUCAUGCAUUAAAACACAAGCCUUCGUCAUUUUCCUAUGCUAGUGAUAUUACCUAUAGCUAUGUCUGUCCUAGUUAUGGACGAAUAAAUUGCAUCGCAUGGCGUAAUGUUCAUAAACGCCCACCAAGCAAACACCGUAAAUCGUUAGUCUUUGCCAUCACUAACUGGCCAUCUUCCAAAUAUCGUAAGCUCAACCUCAUAACCUUGAUCUCAUAACUUGACCUCAUAAGCUCAACCUUGUGAGCUCGACCUCGUAUACAUCCCAUGAUCCUUCUAUAUACUUGAAAUAUUAGGUAACUUCGAACAGCUAGAC